AUGGGGUUGCUCGGGAGCAAAAACCAGCUGACAACCACUGAGAAACACGCUUCUGGCAGCAAUCAAAAAACCAAGAGUAAACCUCCUUCUGCCCCACCCAAGGACAGACAAUUUAUCAGCAUCCCUCAUCUAAACCAAGCCUCUGUACAAGAUGACGUGAUUGUGAUUGCACUGUACGAUUUUCCUGCCUCAAGUGACCGUGACCUGCAGCUGGUCAAGGGGGAGAAACUCCAAGUCCUCUCUAACGAGGGGGACUGGUGGCUGGCAAAAUCCCUCAGCAGCGGGAGGAAAGGCUACAUCCCCAGUAACUUCGUUGCCCUAGUAGACAGUUUGGAAGAGGAAAAGUGGUAUUUUAAAACUCUGAGCAGAAAAGAUGCUGAACGGCUGCUGUUGUCUUCUGGUAACAAAGUCGGCUCUUUCCUUGUCCGAGAGAGUGAAACCAGCAAAGGUUCCUAUUCCUUGUCUGUGAGAGACAGAGACUCUGCCCAUGGGGACAUCAUCAAACACUACAGGAUUCGCUCCUUAGAUGAUGGGGGGUAUUACAUCUCCCCCAGGACGACUUUCUGCAGCCUGCCAGAGCUAAUCCAUCAUUACAGCCAGAAAGGGGACGGCCUGUGCCAGCGGCUCACAUCUCCCUGCAUAUCCCUGGUUCCCCAGAGACCCUGGGCACAGGAUGAAUGGGAGAUCCCACGGGAGUCUCUGAAGCUUGUGAAGAAACUUGGCAGUGGGCAAUUUGGGGAAGUGUGGAUGGGCUAUUACAAGAACAACAUCAAGGUGGCUGUGAAGACCAUGAAGGAGGGCAGCAUGGAUCCCGAUGCCUUCUUAGCAGAAGCAAACUUGAUGAAGAGGCUCCAGCAUAACAAACUGGUCCGGCUAUACGCAGUGGUCACGAAGCAGCCAAUCUACAUCGUGACAGAGUACAUGGCCAAUGGGUGUUUGCUGGAUUACUUGAAGACAGAACAAGGAAGCCGAUUGAAUCUCCCCAAACUUAUUGAUAUGUCUGCUCAGGUGGCAGAAGGAAUGGCGUACAUCGAGCGCAUGAACUCCAUCCACCGAGACUUGAGAGCUGCCAACAUCCUCGUCUCGGAGACACUCUGCUGCAAAAUUGCUGAUUUUGGCCUGGCCAGGAUCAUCGAGAAUGAAUACUUGGCACAAGAAGGUGCCAAAUUCCCGAUCAAAUGGACAGCACCGGAGGCCAUUAACUUUGGAGUUUUCACCAUCAAAUCCGACGUGUGGUCUUUCGGGAUCCUCCUGACGGAAAUCAUCACCUACGGCAGGAUCCCUUACCCAGGGAUGACCAACCCCGAGGUGAUUCGCAACCUGGAGAGGGGUUAUCGUAUGCCCUGCCCAGACAUGUGUCCCGCUGAACUCUACAAUAUCAUCCUGAAAUGCUGGAGAAACAAGCCCGAGGACCGUCCGACCUUUGAAUACCUGCAGUCGGUCCUCGAGGACUUUUACACCGCCACGGAGAAGCAGUACGAGCCUGAGCCUCAGCAGUAAGUCACCGUCCCACCAGCACCUGGGGACAGA